GUGAUGUUUGGUUAAAUGUUCUCUUUAUCAUUUUCUACACUUAAAACGAGAUAGAUAUAUAUGCUACGGCAUUGGUGUAAGAAAGAGCAAAGUGCUUAGGGUGUAACUGAAACGAUUUAUAACCUUUCGUGCUUUUGCUUAAUGCAGAUGAGCUGUGAAUUUUGUGUCAAAACAGAGUUGCUGGAAAUGGAAAAGGAACUGAAAUCUUUGACUAUUGCUUGGAAUCAUGUGAAUGGACAUGUAGGAAUUCAUGGUAACGAAAUGGCAGACAAACUGGCAAGAGACGGCGCCUUACGAUAUAAAAGUCAAGUUUAAGAAUGAAGAUUAACAGUACAAAAUAUUUUCUAUAAAUUGCAUUCUAGAUUAUCUAAUUAUUUUUGUUUACGUAAA